AAAGUGGUACUUUAACAUUUUUUUCCCUCAAUAAAACCCUAAAAAACCUAAAAUUGGAUCUGAAUCAUGAUUUUGUCACCCGACACUGCUGCUUCUUCUUCUUCUUCCUUCAAGAUCAGGCAUGCUGUCUUCAGGAUCAAGCCUGUGACAAGAAAGAUCCGCAUUUGCUGUCUUCAGGCUUUCUUCAAGUUUUAUUCUCUCAUUCCUUCCAAGUUCCAACGUUCUUCCUUUUUUCUUCCUUUUUUCUUCCUUUUUUCUUCCUUUUUUGCUCUGUUUUUUCCCCUGCUUCUGCACUUGCUGUGUUUCCCUUUGCAAAUGGAAACAACUUUAUCUAAGUCCAGUAAUAAGAAAGAUCCUGCUUGGAAAUAUAAUUCUUUGAAGGAUCCAAGUUAACCCAAUUAUGUUACCUGCAAUUUUUGUAAUAAACAACUACUGGGGGAAUCAAUCGAGCAAAGCAACAUCAGAUGGGGUGUUUGGGUAAUGCUACAUCUUGUCCAAGAGUCCCACAAGAGGUUAGGGAAGAGCUGUGGAAUUAUUACAACGAGAAGAAGUCUCAAAAAUCCACUGGCUCCUCAGGUUCUUUUCAGACAUUCAAUUAUUUAGAAGAUUGUGAAAUUGGUGAUGAUGAUUUGGAUGAGGUUGAGUUGGUUGAGUUUGAUGUAAGUGGAAAAUGGUUGUUAACUGCAAAAUCAGGGGCUGAAAUGUAAGGUAGGGGGAAGAAAGCCAAAGGCCCGAUGGAUUGUAUUUGAUGAAACCAGAAACUAUAGUUCAAAGAAGAAAAGAAAGCAAAAUGAGGCAAACAAGUAUAAAGGAUAGUGAUCCAGAAGCAAGAGCUAGGAGAGUCCAGUAUAUAGCAAGAUUUUUUUAUCAAGCUGGGAUCCCAUUUAAUGCAGUACAUCUAGAUAGCUUCAAGUAUAUGGUGGAAGCUAUUGGGCGGUAUGGUUCGAAUUUAAAGCCUCCUAGUUAUCAUGAGUUGCGGGUUCCAUUGCUGAAAAAGGAAUUGUAGCUUACAAAUGAUAUGUUAGAGGAUCACAAGAAGAAAUGGGCAAACUAUGGUUGCUCAAUUAUGUCUGAUGCUUGGACAAAUAGAAGAUGGACAAAUAGAAGACAGAAGUACGGUUGCUCAAUGCAGUUGAUGAGGAUGACGUAGAUGUAGAUGAUUUAUCUUAGAUUUUAGAAUGAUAUUAUACUGUUUCUGACUUUCUGCACUGUUUUAAUUUCUUGACUGUUAUGCAUACACGUACUGCUAAUUUUU